UGACCAUGUGAUCGUGAUUAUGGGCAUGUGUGAAGUGUGACGCAACUGCUUAUACUGAGUAGCACCCGAAUUAAUCCCGCUGGCCCAGCAUGGAGGCCCAGACGGCCCUAGUACUGACGAUCCAGCUGAUUGCGCUCUUCUCGAUCGCCGGUGCCUUGCUGCUCUACCUGCUGUGUAAAGUUCGUGGAACCCGAGACGAAGGUGAUGGAUCGCAGAAAGGUUCGAUCCUGGUGACAUGUGCCGAUACGGCAUUGGGAUUACAGAUCUGCACCUAUUUCGCCAGCAAGGGCCAUCGAGUGUUCGCCGGAAUGAAAGAUCCAAUCGAAUCCCUGCCGGCGAAGCUGCUCAAAGGUUGGAUGAAAAUGCGCGAAAGUUCGGAAACGCCGCUGGCCGGUUCUGUGGUUCCGCUGCGAAUUGACGUAACCCGUGAGGACAUCCUGCGCGAGGCAGCCGAAGCGAUGGGCAUCCAUUUGAACGCCGGUGAGCGGGGUAUCCUGGCCGUGAUCAACACCGCAGGUUCGGUGUACCGUGGACGAAUCGAUUCGCAGGAUUCGCUGCAAUGGGAAAACAUGUUCAAAAACAACGUUAUGGGUUGCUUGAGAACGGCACGUGCAUUCAUUGGCUUGCUGAGACCAACCCGUGGCCGCUUGAUCUUGCUGGGCUCAGGAAACGAAGACGAAGGGUUGACGGUAUUUACGGCUACCAGAAAUGCUGUUCAAGGCUGUGCAGACGCUCUGCGCAGAGAGCUUAAACCUUACGGAGUUAGUGUGGUUACGUUGGAUUCCAGAGGAGUCCCUGCUGAAGCUCUGUUCAAGGCUCCGAUACCAUACACCAUCUCUGACGAGGAAGGAGUUCCCACGCAAUACAGUGCCGAAGUGUUAACCAGCUCAGCCUUGGGAGUGAUCGAACGAGCUUUGUACGAAACGAGACCAAGCGAAACCUAUUGCCUGUCGGUGCCGACCACAAAGUUCCAGGUCAGGCUACCGUGUCGAUCCUCGCUCAAGAUAUCCAGCGGUGCCAGCUGUAAGCAGGAACCACCAAAAACGAUUCAGAAUGUUUGAUCUAACGAUCGCAUGCUUCGCUUAACGUUAGUCUGGUCGCCUUUUCGUAUGCAUAUUUUGCGAUUCUUUUGGCCAGUCGUUCCGGGAAACCCGCAAGAGAGCGAAAGAUUUCAAUUUGUGCCUUUCUUCCAAAGUAUGUUCGUCCGGAGUGCUACAUACUAGUGACAGAGUCAAGUUUUGGAUUUAUGCCGAACAAAAUAAACGAAUAAAUUUCACCGUUACAGUUUCUGCACUGUCCGGUAUGCACCUAGUGCCACUCUGCUUGAGAGAAUGA